AUUCUUUUGACCGUAUCGCCCGUUUAUUCCCUGAGGAAGCGGCAGGGAGAAGUGAAAGAGUGGAGUGGGAGAUAAGACGCUGUGCUUUACGAAACAACUGAGCGAGUGCUUUGUCCAAAGGAACGGGAUUUCAUGAGAUGCUGAAACCUUUUAUGUAGAAAGAGUACUCCACCAUGGAUCGUGACAAGACCUCCUAUGUGAGGUUGAAUGAGGAGAAAGUUAUUGCAAAGUCUGAUAUUUUGUCCCUUCUAAAAACCUACAACUGUUACCAUGAAGGAAAAAGCUUUAAACUUCGCAUUCGUGAGGAAGAGGGCGAGCUGAUCGUGGAGGGUUUACUCAACAUCUCCUGGGGCCUCAAGAGGCCAAUCAGACUGCAAAUGCACGAUGACAAUGAGCGGUUUUACUACGCCUGCUCAGGAGCUUGGAGGUCGGAGAGCUCAGAGUCCAGCAGGAAUGAAAAUAGUGAACAAAGUCCUUCACGCCAGAUUUCUUCAGAGCGCAACAACAACAAAAUCAGUGGCACGGCUAUACCCAGUAUGGAUGGAUAUAGUGCUGAGGAGGUUGUGCCUCCAUUGCUGAGAACAAGAAGUGAUGCAAGCUUCAUGAAGGUCCAAAGAAGAUGCAAAGUCCACAACUCAGCUGAUUCACAGAGCUUAAAACGACACCGCUUUUCCAUCAAUGGCCAUUUUUACAACCACAAGACAUCGGUUUUUACUCCAUCCUAUGGAUCAGUGACUAAUGUCAGAGUGAACAGCACUAUGACAACACAGCAAGUUCUUAACCUGCUCCUUAAUAAGUUUCGGGUUGAGAAUAAGGCAGAUGAGUUUGCCCUCUAUCUAGUCCAUGAAUCAGGGGAGAGAACUAAGCUUAAAGACACAGAAUACCCUUUGGUAUCUCGUCUGUUGCAUGGUCCAUGUGAAAAAAUCGCCAGAAUAUUUAUUAUGGAAACAGACCUUGUGGAAGAGAUUACAUACGAUUUUUUCUUUCAGGUAGCACAGUAUAUCAAGUUUGAAAUGCCUGUUUUGGACAGCUUCAUCAAAAAAUUGAAAGAAGAAGAAGAGAGAGAGAUUUUAAAACUGCAAAGAAAAUACAGUGCACUGAGGUCAAUGAUAUUACAGAAAUUGGAUGGCAUCUCUCAGAUUACUAAUCAUGUAUGAGAAAAUGUGCAGACUGCACAUUCAGAUAUGGAGGAAUCUUUUCAGUUUUUUGGUCAACAACAGUGAGACAUCUAGUGGGAUAGCUAGUUAUACUGUAGGUUUUUUGUUUUGGUGAUGAUAUCAGUGCAAUAACAAAUGUAUAAAAAAUAUAGGCUACUGAUGUACACUACAUAUUGGUAGCUAAUUCUCAGGCAUUGACAAAUGACCUAGAAAGUUAUUUUAUGACACGCUUAUGCUCUAUGUUUUUAAAAGGCAAACUGUUGUAUAUUUUGUAAAUGUUUGUAAAACGUAGAACAUACAGAUUACAUGCCUGAUAUUGUUUUUCAGUAACAAUAUUCUUUUUUAUAAAUUUUAAUAUAAAAUUAAUAUAUGCAGAAUUGUGUUCACAUGGUCUUAUGUAUCAUCUUGGUUUUGCUAACGUAAUAAUGGCUAUUUCUAUGUCAUACUGUCGUGUUCGUUUUGUACUCACAUGUAGAACAUCUGUAUAGUAACUCAUGGCACACUGAAUAAAUUGCAGUAGAUACUGGAAAAUAUGUUAUGUCAGUGUGAUGUUAUAAUAAUAAUAAAACAAAUGGGUACUCAUGUCCCAACCCUA